UAAUAUUUCUGUCUGCCUAGUCAUUUUAUGCAGCCAAACUUUGAAGACCCCGGAAUUUUAUUUUUUAUCUUAGCAUCCAAUUAGUCAAAUAAAACUAUUUUUUCUGUAAUACAUUAUUUGAACAUUAUUAAUUUUCUAUUUAAUUGUGCAUGUUUUCUUUUGGAGGUAGUAUCAAUGGCAAAAAUUAAGCUACUAGUAUACACGGCUGUAUUAUUAUUACAUUUAGCUUUAGGAGACGAUGAUGAUGUAACUGUAGAAUCAGUGCCUUAUGAAAGUCCUACGGCAAGUAAAGAUAUUUAUUUUUCUGAACAUUUUGAUGAUGCUUCAGUUCUUAGCAAGAAGUGGGUGAAAUCAAACUCAAAGAAGCCUGAUGUUGAUGAAGAAUUAGCUCAAUAUGACGGUAAAUGGAGCAUAGAGCAAUUAGAAAAAUUUCCUUUGAAAGGUGACAAAGGAUUAGUUCUAUCUUCUGAAAGUCGUCACGCUGCUAUAUCUUCUAAACUUAAUAGACCAUUUAAAUUUGAUCAAACAAAACCUUUUGUUAUACAGUAUGAAGUUGCUUUUCAAAAACCUCAUACUUGUGGUGGAGCAUAUCUUAAAUUAUUGACUGAAGGUCCAGCCACAAAAGACUUAUCACAAUUUAAUGACAAAACACCAUAUUCUAUCAUGUUUGGACCUGAUAAGUGUGGGCCAACUUCCAAAGUACAUUUUAUAAUUAGACACAAAAAUCCUAAAAACAAUACUAUAACUGAAAAGCACUGCCUUAAACUCAAAACUGAAGAAACUAUAUUUACUGAUCAUCAACCACAUUUAUUUACUCUCGUGAUUAAACCUGAUAAUUCAUAUUCAUUUUACCUAAAUCAAGAGUUACAAUAUGAAGGUGACUUAUUAUCUGAUGAAGAUUUUGAUCCAUCAAUUAACCCACCUAAAGAAAUAGUUGAUGUAAAUGAUGUCAAACCCAAAGAUUGGGAUGAGAGGGCUAAGAUUCCUGAUGAAAGUGCUGUUAAACCAGAUGACUGGGAUGAAAGUGAGCCAGAAAAUAUUCCUGAUGAAUCUGCCGUAAUACCAAAUGAUUGGUUAGAAAGUGAACCUACUCAUAUACCAGAUACAGCAGCAGUUAAGCCAACAGAUUGGGAUAAUGAUAUGGAUGGAGAAUGGGAACCACCUCUAAUAAAUAACCCAAAAUGUGAAGAUCGUUCAGGAUGUGGACCUUGGUCUAGACCCCUUAUGAAAAAUCCGAAAUUCAAAGGAAAAUGGAAGCAACCUCUUGUUGAUAAUCCUAAUUACCGUGGAAAAUGGUCUCCUAGACUUAUUUCCAAUCCAGAUUACUUUAAUGAUUUAACACCUUUGAAAUCUUCGCCGAUUAGUGCAGUUGGUUUUGAAUUAUGGUCCAUCUCAAAUCAAAUAUAUUUUGAUAAUAUUAUUAUAACAGAUAAUGAACUACAAGCUGAAGAAUGGGCAAAAAAAACAUGGUCACUUAAAAAAAAAAAUGUAUCACAAGAAUCGGAAAGCGUAUUUGGAGCUGUUCUUAGGUAUACUAAUGAAAAUCCAUGGUUAUGGGCUGUUUAUGUCGUAGUAGUUGCUAUAACUGUUGUUCUCUUAGUAAUUACCUGUUGCUCCUCAACUAAGGACAAAUCUACAUCAGAUGAGUCAAGAAAAAAAACUGAUGAACCUGUUCCAGAUGUUGAAGAUCAAAUUGAUAAUUCUGAAGUAGUUGAUACAAAAGAUAACAAAAGUACUGAUGAAGAUGAAAAUAUUGAUUAUGAAGAAACUGAACAAGAUAACAAAGAUCAAGUACCAUCUUCACCUAGAAAACGCAGAACUAGAAAAGACUGAAACUACUUCUUGCUUCUGUUGCCUCUUUGUAGCUUCCUUAUUUUUUUUAUUUCUUUUAAUCGUUAGUCGUUAUUAUUAUACUACCUAAAAUAGAGUGAAAAAUUACAAGUUUAUUUAAAUAUUGUAUACUAGUAUGCAUAAAUCACAAUACUUUAAGUUAUCAUAUCUUGAACACAUAUUUUAGAUUUAUGAAUUAAAAAAUUGCUUUAAAUUAGGUUUUAACUAAUUUUAUACAAACCACUUGAACAUAAAAUAUUACAGUA